AUGCCACAUUCACAUUCUUUGUUCAAUGACAACUUCACAGAGCACAUUCAAAUUCUAGCAUCAUUAAGCGUCAAUACUACCCAAAUCAACAUUGUCAACCUAUUCCAAGUGUCGAUUACGUUGACUGAACUGGCAAUUGGUGGUAAUUACCAUACUACAGAUAUCAUGGAUAGUUAUGGAAACAAUCCAAGCAUGGUCUCGAGUGCACAGCUUCUUUUGGAAAUUGUAAUUGGAGGAGAUAUUUCGGAUCGCUUUCGCGCUGAGUUCAUGAUCUGCAAACAUCGCUUGACAUUGAGAAGCUCUGGUAGUGCAGCUUGCCCAGAUUCGUGA